AUGAGAGUGAGUCAGAGGAGAGGCACCGAUAAAAAUGCCCCAAUUAAGGAGAAAGUUUUCAAUGAUGAUUACUUCUUGGAUGUUAUCAAAUCAAAGGGCUUUGGCUAUGGGAAGAAAGAUGUUGGAAAUAUUGAGAUCUUAAAUUUGAGGAAUUUGACUUAUACACUGGAAGAUUUGCUGUUCUAGUAUGUGGAUGCUAGCUCUGAAGAUAUCUUCCCACUUUUCAUUCUUUAAAAACAUGGUGACUUACAGACAGUUGAGCGCGAACUGCUCAAGAUUUGGCAUUCAGUUUAGCAGUUGAAGGAUCAGGAGAUGAUAGCUAAGAUUUACUAAUCCUUCCUCAGCAAUUAGUUCAAAUCAACUAAUAUUCAGUUCUAUGUGAAGACUUCGAGAGUAAUACUGCAGAACAUUAUCGGAGACAGAUAUCACGAUAUGAGUCAGCAGCAGUUGCAAUAAGACAUGUCCCAGAUCUUCAUCCCAACUGACAAGAUCGUGGAUAUUGUAGGGAAACUGUUCACCACUAGCUCAUUCAUUAACAUUGAAGGGGACAUACCCUAGAUAAACCAAUCUCAAAUCACGGGAAACCUUUUUAAUAACCUCAAGAUUAUAUUGCAGGAGGGCAGGAGCAUGGUAAAUUGCUAAAAUCUGCAAAUCUAGUGUCUCCUUGAAUUCAGAGCCAUUGAACAUAAGAGCUAUUUGGCUCAAAUGCAGAGCUACACUAAAAAUAUGAUGUCCUCCAGAAGACAAACUAUUAUGGGAGGGUAGGCUUUGAAGAUCAAUUAGAAAAUUCUUCAGCAGACCAAUACAUUCUACAGUUUUGACUAGGUGCUCGGCAACCCUACUUAGAAUUAAGCUUAAUAUGCUAUUUAAAGGAAAAAAGUCAAUAAUGUUGUUGAAAUGAACCUCAGAAAUAAGAUAAUAAAUGCAGGAGCAGGAACAAUGAGCACAAAUUAAUACAAAAAUCCAGAUUAAAAAAAUGCCAUAGACAACUAAGAGCAUAAUGCUAUUAUAGAGUCUAUACUAAACGGCAGUAAAAAAGCUAAAAGGCAGCUCAUUUCAACUCCUCUUUUGAAUCCAAAAGAAUUGUAGCUCCUGUAGUAACAGCAGUAACAACAAUCUGCUCUAAUCAAUAAAAGUAAAAUUGACAAAUCACUUAUGAAUAUCUAAGAACUGCAGCCAAGAGCUGGAGCUGUAGCGAAUGCGAAUCAACAAGUUAAUCAGACAUUCAAUGAAAACUCUGUCAAAUUUCAAGCUAAUAUUAAUCAAGGGGCUAACGGAGGAUUUAAUCAAUCUCUACUGCUAUUCAAUGAAACUUAGCAGAUCAACUCAAAGUCAAUGGCUUAAAAUCACCAAUAAUCUAAUAGUUAGUAACAGCAAUAACUGGCUACAUACAAUGCGUAUCAAAUCAAAAAGAUGUUUAAUCAUGAAGAAGCUAGACUUUUAGAGGCGCCUGAAACUAAGCUAAGAGAAUUACAACUGAGGGUAAAAGAAGCUGAAAAGGAGAAGUAAGAACUUAAAAGAGAAUAGGUAAAGAUUAUUUAGGAACUCUCAGAACUUAAAAGUGAAAGGUAAAACUUUGGCUAGGAUAAGAGAUUUAUGAAAGAAAUCGAGAGUCUCAUUAGCAAUGCCUAUGUGGAUAUUUAAUAGCUAAUUGAAGAGAACUUAAAGAUGAAAGAACAGCUAAAUCAACCCCAAAACACAACUAAGGAGCGUAAACGAAAAUUAAAGAAUACUUUUGACUUACUUUUCUAAGUAUUGAGCAUGAAGCAAACCAAUACUGUCUAGAGCAAUAACCAAGUGGGCACAGAUAAAAUGUUUUAUUAAUCUAAUCAACAAACUGAGAGUCUCUCACCAAUUAAAAACACAUCGUUUGACUCUCAGCAUAAAUCAUCUCCUUAAUAGCAUUAAUACCAGAAUCAAUCUACUCUUCACGGACAUAAUAAUAAUGCAUCAUCAAAUAACUAUAAAGUCCUUAAGUUCAAUAACUUUGCACAUUCAGAGAGAUCAAGCAUAGAAUAAAGCUCUGUUAGUCUAGCUACCAAUCCUAUCAAUAUUGGUAUGACUAAUAUGUAAAAUAACUAGCUUUAGCCAGAUAGUUUCACAACGCUUCUUAUGAAUUUUUAGACAAGGCCAAUUUAAAAAAUGACAGAUUUUUUCAGUAAAAAGUUAACUAAUGAUCCUAUUAACAAUAAUGGAAAUAAGAACUUUAACAAACCACCUGAACUGCCGCCUAGAGAUGAUUUCGAUGAGGACAGAGAUGAUGAUGAUUCAAGUGAGCUUGACAGAGAAGAGGUGAGAGAUAAAGUUCAUAGUAGAUCUAAUCUAAAAUUAAUGGAUUAGUAGCAGAUGAAUUUAGAUCAGAAAACUAGAAACUCCUAUAUAGGAGGCAAUCAUAAUAACCAAAAGAGAUAUGACUAAAAUAGUGUAGAUCAGAUAGAGGCAAAUAAUGAUCAAGACCUUAGAUAUCAAAUGAGGGGACAGGAAUUUUAGAGAUCUACUAUGCAAGAUAAUGACUAUCUAGAUGAUGGGUUAAUAUCUGAUCUAGGAAGUGACAUUGAAAGUGUGCUCGAAAGAAGUAUCAGGGGCAACUUAAAGUAAUUGCUUGGCACUUCUAUAGAUUCCUCAAUUAAUGGAGAUCUAAUAGAUAAAAAUACUAAUAUGAAUAGACUACCAGUGCCUAAGAGUUUAUCUUAAAGCAUCAAGAUUGAUGAAAGAUUUUUAGCUCAAUUCAGCAACCCAUAAGCUUCAGAGGAAUUCAAAGCUGAAGAAAAGAGACACCUAAGUUUGUAGAAAAAUCAAGUCUUUGUAGGGUUGAAGGAUUUCGAGGAGUGGAUAUUUGGUUGCAAGGAAAAUGAUCCGAGAGCAUUCGGUUUUAUUCCUAAGAACUAUCUUGACUUCCAAAGAGAGAUGAAAAGAAAUGAUUGA